CAGAGCCCCGACCCGCGCGCCCUGCCGGCCGCCCCCCGUGCGCCCUGCGCUCGCACCUUCCCCUCCCCGGCCCCCCGAGAAAAGCGCGCAAAGGCGCGGAGAGGGACGGAAAGCACAAAUAAAUAGCGGCGGCAGCAGCGCGUCAUCUGGUGGAGCAGGAAGUGCAGGCAGAGUCCGGAGGCUCGUGCUUUCUGCGCGUCCCCAGCACUUUGCCAUGGGCUGGGGGCCGCGGAGGCUGCGAGCGGCCGGCCCAGGGCAGCGGCGGCGGCGCCGGCAGCGCGGCUGAGCGAGCAGCGACGCGCGGGGCGCCCGAGAUGGCUGCGUCCAGCAACUCCAGCCUGUCCGGCUCCUCGGUGUCCUCCGAUGCUGAGGAAUACCAGCCUCCAAUAUGGAAGUCGUACUUGUAUCAGCUACAGCAAGAGGCGCCUCGUCCCAAGAGGAUCGUCUGUUCCCGGGAGGUGGAAAACAGACCAAAAUAUUAUGGAAGAGAGUUUCACGGGAUCAUCUCCCGGGAGCAGGCUGACGAGCUGCUCGGGGGCGUGGAGGGCGCCUACAUCCUCAGAGAGAGCCAGCGGCAGCCGGGAUGUUACACGUUGGCCCUGCGGUUUGGAAACCAGACCCUAAACUACCGGCUCUUCCAUGACGGCAAACACUUCGUGGGCGAGAAGAGGUUUGAAUCCAUUCACGAUCUGGUGACAGAUGGUUUGAUAACGCUGUACAUAGAAACAAAAGCUGCUGAGUACAUUUCAAAGAUGACAACGAACCCCAUCUAUGAGCACAUUGGCUACGCCACUCUGCUCCGAGAAAAAGUCUCCAGGAGGCUGAGCAGGUCCAAAAACGAGUCCAGGAAAACGAGCGUCACAAGCGAAGAGCACCCGGGCGUGGAGAAGAUCUCCUCCCUGGUCCGAAGGGCCGCCCUCACACACAACGACAACCACUUCAACUAUGAGAAGACACACAACUUUAAGGUGCACACUUUCCGAGGCCCACACUGGUGUGAAUACUGUGCCAACUUCAUGUGGGGGCUCAUUGCCCAGGGGGUCCGGUGCUCAGACUGUGGCCUGAAUGUGCACAAGCAGUGCUCCAAGCAUGUGCCCAACGACUGCCAGCCCGACCUCAAGAGGAUCAAGAAGGUGUACUGUUGUGACCUGACCACACUCGUGAAGGCCCACAACACACAGAGACCCAUGGUGGUGGAUAUGUGCAUCCGGGAGAUUGAAGCGAGAGGGUUAAAGUCUGAAGGAAUUUACAGAGUCUCCGGGUUCACUGAGCACAUCGAGGAUGUCAAGAUGGCGUUUGACAGAGAUGGAGAAAAGGCGGACAUAUCUGCCAACAUCUACCCAGACAUCAACAUCAUCACUGGAGCCCUGAAACUCUACUUCCGAGACCUGCCCAUCCCUGUCAUCACAUAUGACACCUACUCCAAAUUCAUAGAGGCAGCAAAAAUCUCCAGUGCAGAUGAGAGGCUGGAAGCCGUCCACGAAGUGCUGAUGCUGCUGCCUCCUGCCCACUACGAGACCCUGCGAUACCUGAUGAUCCACCUCAAGAAGGUCACCCUGAACGAGAAGGACAACUUUAUGAACGCGGAAAACCUGGGGAUCGUGUUCGGGCCCACGCUGAUGAGGCCGCCCGAGGACAACACCCUCACCACCCUGCACGACAUGCGGUACCAAAAGCUGAUUGUGCAGAUUUUGAUAGAAAACGAAGAUGUUCUGUUCUAAGCCAUCAGGGACAGGAGCUCGAGGGGCCCCCGUCCCUUCUAAGUUGAUUCAGCUAAAGGAAUAAAAACAUUUCUUGCACUUGAUUUGUUUUUCAAACAAGUGACAGAAUUUCCUGGGCCGCGGUGCACCGCGGAGUCGGGUGCUGUGUCUCAUAGACGCGUCGUCUCCAUGUGAGAACGAGGGUGAGGGUGGGAAAAGGCCCUCACCCUGGCUCUUUUGCCGUGCCUCGUGUGUAUAUCUGUUCUGCUGGAAGAGUGAUUAAUAAAUCUUUAACUUAUUAAAAAAAGGAACAAUGUAGACCUUGAAACUUCAGUCUUAGUAAUAAAAGGGAAUUUAAUUCUUAAAGGUACUUGAUACAGUUAUACAUUUUCCACUUUCAAAAAGAAGACAAUGCUAUAUGUUAAAUGUUAAAUGAAACCUAUAUUGUAAAAUGUAUUUUUAUUUUGGCUGCAAGAAUGUUAUUUUAUUUUAGCAAAUAGAACUCAAUGCAGUGCAUUGAUGAUUGCCCUGUGUUCCUUGUUCCCUGCAUCCUUGCUGUGAUGAUAAAGUUGGUCCCGAAUGCAGUAUUAUCUUGACAUACCUCUGUCCUGAUUAGUGCUCUCCGUAAAAUUCCACCUGCCGCGUGUAUCCCUGCUUCUGAUAGUUUUUGCUUCACGAGCACUGGCAUCCGGCUCUCCUGCAGUAUGUAUUCAUAGCCAUUGUGGAAUGGUCUGAAAUAGCCACAAAUUGUCUUUCCAUAAAACUCUGGUGAAUUCCCAAAGUAUGCUUGGAACCAGUCCUAGCCUCUCUGUGCCACCAGUGUGUGUCCCAGAACGUGCCGAACAUGGUCAUUUUACAGAUGGUGACUGGAGGAAGUGGGGCACCUCUGGGCUGUGUAAAACUUGGCCCCUGUCUUCUUUCCUGUUUGGCUACACCCCCUGAAAGCGUCCAUUAAUGGAAGGUUGUAUGUCUGUCACAUGUCUGUAUUGCUGAAAAGUCAAUCUGCAGAACAAUUCUUUCAUUUUUGUUUUAUAAACAAACCUAUUUUUGAAAGAAUGACAAAGACUGUUUGCUCCCCCUUGAUAAAGCAGAUGUGUAGGGGUCAUAAUUUGAUCACCGUAGUUCCAUCUGACUGGUUGCAUCGUUUUUAGCGUGAGCCUUUUACCCCAAGAUUUCUAUAUUUUGUAACAUAGGUGAGAUAUUUAAAGACAUCAAAAAGUGCAAAUCUAGAUUUUUUUUCUUAAUCCAUCUGCCAUGUCUUUUCCUCUGAUUGACAUGAUCCCUGUAAGUACUCGCCCACUGCUGUCUGGAGUGAUCAGGAGAGCGCCUCCGUGUGUUCUCCGGGGCUGGAAGGAGCGCAGGACCCCUGGGGCCUGCAGAUGGGGCCCCUGGCACACAGGGGUCACGCGGCUCAGCCUGGUCCCUGCUGCUCUCGUCCCGCCCAGCUGUACAGAUUGGUUUGUUGUAGCUUAUGUACUUCUUGACACUGUCAGAAAUGAUCUGGAAAUGGUUUUAUUUUGUGAAGUGAACAACACUUUGUAAUUUAUGAUGGUGUAAAUGGAAGGAAAGACGUUACAUGUAUUAAAUUCUGCUGUCUA